CAAGGAAUGCCUGAAAAGCAACUAGGAGUGCUUAAGGCACUUGAUGUUGCGAAGACGCAACUGUACCAUUUCACGGCGAUUCUCAUUGCUGGAAUGGGUUUCUUUACUGAUGCCUACGAUCUCUUCUGUGUCUCUCUGGUGACCAAACUCCUUGGCCGCAUCUACUACUUCAAUCCACUGUCAGACAAGCCUGGCUCACUUCCCCCUCACGUUGCGGGAGCGGUCAAUGGUGCGGCUCUUUGUGGAACCCUUGCUGGUCAGCUCUUCUUCGGAUGGCUCGGUGACAAGCUUGGAAGAAAAACAGUGUAUGGUAUCACUUUGAUCAUGAUGACUUUGUGCUCCAUCGGUUCGGGUCUCUCCUUCGGUAACAAAGCCACGGGUGUCAUGACCACCCUCUGCUUCUUCAGGUUUUGGCUGGGAUUUGGUAUUGGAGGUGACUACCCUCUUUCUGCGACUAUUAUGUCUGAAUACGCCAACAAGAAGACUCGUGGUGCUUUCAUCGGUGCGGUAUUUGCUAUGCAAGGUGUUGGUAUAUUAGCUGGAGGUUUUGUGGCACUUGUAGUAUCUUCUAUAUUCGACAUGAAGUUUCCAGCACCAACCUAUGAAGUUGAUAGGGUUCUCUCAACGCCUCCUCAGGCUGAUUACGUUUGGCGAAUCAUCGUCAUGUUUGGUGCUCUACCCGCAGUCUUGACUUACUACUGGCGCAUGAAAAUGCCAGAGACCGCUCGGUACACUGCCUUGGUCGCAAAAAACAUCAAACAAGCCACACAAGAUAUGUCCAAGGUCUUACAAAUACAACUUGAGGUGGAGGAAAGAGCGGCGGAUAUCAUGAAAGACCCCAGACUUAGCUAUGGCUUGUUCUCCAAGGAAUUCGCCAAACGACAUGGUCUUCCACUACUCGGAUGUACAACCACAUGGUUCUUGCUUGACAUUGCCUUUUACAGCCAAAACCUGUUCCAAAAGGAUAUCUUCUCGGGUAUCGGAUGGAUCCCAAAGGCAUCCACUAUGAACGCCAUCCAUGAGGUUUUCAAGAUUGCUAGGGCUCAAACUCUCAUCGCGCUCUGUAGUACUGUCCCUGGUUACUGGUUUACGGUUGCGUUUAUUGAGAUCAUGGGAAGAGUCGCGAUCCAGCUGAUGGGAUUCUUCAUGAUGACUGUCUUUAUGUUUGCCAUUGCCUUCCCUUAUGAUCACUGGACCAAACCGGAGAAUCGUUUAGGGUUCGUGGUUAUGUACUCUCUCACUUUCUUCUUUGCCAAUUUUGGACCAAACGCAACCACUUUCAUUAUACCGGCUGAGAUAUUCCCAGCUAGGCUAAGAUCCACGUGCCAUGGGAUAUCGGCCGCAACAGGUAAGGCUGGAGCCAUCGUGGGAGCUUUUGGGUUCCUAUACGCAGCUCAGCCACAGGACAAGACCAAGACGGACGCAGGAUAUCCACCGGGAAUUGGAAUCAAGAACUCACUGAUCACGCUUGGUGUCAUCAACUUCGUCGGUAUGCUCUUCACCUUCCUUGUCCCUGAGCCCAAAGGAAAAUCCCUCGAAGAACUAUCCGGUGAGAAUGAGGUUGGGAAAUGA